AUGGACGUCUGGACGGGGCCCCGGUGCACCAAGUACGACCUCGAGGCCGUCACUCUUGCUGUCGUCGGGUCUGUCCUCGGCCUUGUACUGCGCCUGCGCCGCAACAAUGGUGUCUUGGCGCGCCAGCAGGAAGAGAUCCGGCGCGAGAAGCACAGCGAGAGCAGCUCCCACUUUCUCGUCCGGGAGCCUUCCCAAAGUGACGUCCAGAUCACGCGGUAA